AUGGCGCAGUUAAACAUUCAACAACUCAAUGAUCUCAAUAAAGUCCUACAAAAAGUACCCAGACUCCAAGCUGGAAUGAAAUCUUUCUCGCAUAUGGUGAAGACGUACGUUGAAAAGUUUGCCAUAAAGGACGCACCUGAAAUUAUAAAACAAUAUAAUGAAUUUAUAUUUUCUAUCUUACAAGUCAAGGAAGAUUUGAGUACAUAUUUCGACACGGAACCUCCAUUUCAGCUUGAUGAGUCAGUUCUGUCUGGUAGUUGGUCUGAAGGGUUAGUUCUAUAUGAUCCAGAUACAUUUGAUCCACCAGAUGUGGACUUUAUGUGCAUACUUAAAAACAUCAGUUUUACUGACGCUGAUCAAGUAUGCGGAGAUUUAUCUCUCAAUGAAAAUUCUCCCUUCGUCAAUGCAUAUUUUUCCGACAUUAACUUGCUACAACUAUGGCAGUCGUACUUACUAGAGCCAGCGUCUGAUGCAAUAGAGGGUAGAAUAUGCCAGCUUUCUUCAACCAAACUGAAAGAACAUCUGCACGAAAAUUACUCAAAAGGAGAUAAGUUCUUUCGCUUUACUUCAGAUCAACGCAAUCCAAUUACGGACAGCCCUGCAUUAAAACUCUCUAGGCCUGCGUGUGCAGCUUUAUUUCAUGGACCGUUUUGGGAAACUUUAUUCCAAACUGUGAUGGAACACAUUUGGCGCUGCAGUGACCUUGUCUUAGCAAUUCGUUGCGAUGGUUGGCCGCGAAAUGCAUUGGAAUGGAUACAUCGAGAGCGCAAUUGGCCAUGCCAGGAUGUUAUCAAAAGUGUUACUAAAGCGGGAUUCCACAUUGUGGCUAAAAGUUCGCAUGAGGGAAAUUUCCGAUUGUCAUUUUCCCGCGCAGAAGGAAUUCUUAUAGAAAACUUAAACAAUCUACAACAUAAGGUUCUCAGAGCAUUUAAAGCCGUCAUUAAAUUCCUAGUACCAUGUAAUCCUGACAGUAAGGAAGCGCUGACCUCUUAUCAUUUGAAAACUAUAGGAUUAUGGCAUCUCGAGAAGUCAGCAUCAGAAACAUGGAUUGAAGAUAAUAUUGCGACCCAUUUACUUCAAAUGCUUAAAGAGUUAGUGCGAGCAUUACGAACGAAGAAUUUGCCAAUGUACUUCUUGAGAGAGUAUAACUUGUUCAGUGGUGUCGAAAAUUUAUCGUAUUUGGAAACGUUGGCUGAUGAAGUUGAAGAGGUUUCGCGAGAUAUACCAAGCUUGAAGAAAGCUGUGAAAAUGGGAGCUAGCUUUCUCUUUUAUGAAAACUAUAGGGAUUUAUUUAAAACAUGCUUGUCUCAAUCUGCGAAAUAA